GAAAAAAUCAAACAAAUUUCUUUACCUCUCUAAAAUCUAAUUCCUAAAUGCUGAAUCAAAUCACAAGGAGCACUAGCACCAGCAGUCCUCAAAACGGCAUAGUUUCAUUAGCAUAGUACACUAUUUUUUUUCAAUUUUUAAGAUAAUUAUUACUGGUAGAAAUUUACGCAACCGCCUCUACGAUCCACGGGAUUAUUAUUAUAUACACUAUCAUCAAUUCUGUAGGGUUUUCUUUCCGGCGAGAAUAAUUCAAAGAGGGAAAAAUGUUACGCCACACCGCGAAUCGGCUUCGGGGGACGUUUUCUUCUUCCUCGUCCUCCUCCUCCGCCGCCGUGUUGUCGUUGCCACAUCUGCGCAGGAGGCUGUAUCACGAGAGAGUUGUGGACCAUUACGAUAACCCCAGGAAUGUCGGAGCUUUUGACAAGAAUGAUCCUACUGUCGGCACCGGCCUCGUAGGUGCUCCUGCUUGCGGCGAUGUUAUGAAGCUCCAAAUUAGGGUUGAUGACAAGACCGGCAAGAUUGUCGAUGCUUGCUUCAAGACUUUUGGCUGCGGCUCCGCUAUUGCUUCUUCCUCCGUCGCGACUGAAUGGGUGAAAGGGAAGCAAAUGGAGGAAGUCCUUACCAUCAAGAAUACAGAAAUUGCAAAGCAUCUCUCCCUUCCUCCAGUUAAAUUGCAUUGCAGUAUGCUCGCUGAGGAUGCGAUCAAAGCUGCUGUAAAGGAUUACGAAUCAAAGCGUGCAAAGAGGGAUGAAGCUCCGAAGGGAUAAGCUGCUGCUAAUGGUUGAAAAUUUCCCUGGGAACUGAUAACACCGCUUGUGCUUCUGGCAUAAGCAUGUAUUGCAUAUAACUACCGCUGAAGUGUUUUUGUCUUUGAUUUGCCAAAUAUUCGCUUGGUUAUGUUCGGCAAGUUCUUAUGUAAAAAUUAGCACUCAUAAGAGUCACUUUCACUCAGCUUGUUUUGUAUGUCAUGGCAUAUUUCUGUGUCUUGUCUUUCCAGAAAAGGAAAUAAAAAUGUUUUGGAGUAUUGUAUUCUCAUUCUCGAGUUGAGCCGAUGGUCUUUUUGCCGAUUAAUAAGCCGAACUCCACCCAUCUAUGGAUC